AGAUGUCUAAUGAGUAAUCAGACACUGUUCAUCUCUGGGAUGACUCUCUGUACUCCCGAGUGCAGCUGCGUCUACUGUUGUGUUGAAGUAGCCUUUAAUCAGCAAUCACACCAAGGGUGUGAUAAGAAGUUACCGUCAGAAGAACCUGUUGGUGCAACCUCUCAACCCCUCUGGACACCCCUGAGCGUCUCUCAGUGUGAUGGAUGAAGAGGUGGUUCUGCAGGAGGAGGACUUGGAGGGCUCCUGGACGUUGCUGUCCUCGCUGGCGUCCUGUAUCAUGGUGUUUGGGGGAGCCCUGCCAUAUGUGCCACAGUACCAAGAGAUCCAGAAGAGCAGCAACAGCGAAGGUUUCUCCACCAGGGUCUGCCUGGUGCUGCUCAUAGCCAACAUCCUGCGGAUCUUCUUCUGGAUAGGGAAACAGUUUGAGCUCACCCUGCUUCUCCAGAGUGUGGUCAUGAUCAUCACCAUGUUUGCCAUGCUCCACCUCUGCUGCACAGUCCAAAACACCAACCGAGUUAGCACCAAGCAACACCGACUUUCAGACUUGGACUUCCGCUACUUUUGGAAGUGGAGUGCUUUCGAGGACUACCUUCUCUUCUGUUUUGGUUUCACCGUGCUGUGUGCAGUCAUCACCUUGCUGCUGCUGGACUCUGCUGUGUUUGUGGAAACGCUGGGUUCUCUGGCCGUGAUGUUUGAGGCCAUGCUGGGCCUCCCGCAGUUGCUGCAAAACUUCCAAAACCACUCCACCAAAGGCAUGAGUGUGAAGAUGGUGCUGCUGUGGACGGCCGGCGAUGUCUUCAAGACCACCUACUUUGUGAUGAAUGAAAGCCCGACUCAGUUCUGGGUUUGCGGUUUAGUCCAGAUCCUAAUCGACGUGGCCAUCCUGCUGCAGGUCCUUUUCUUCAGCCAAGACACACGGGUCAAGCUAGGUUGAACAUGGCUGAUCCUUUGAGAACCAUAAAACACAGAGCGGAUGAUUCAUUGAUGAACUUAUUAGCGUGUCUGAUAAAUUCUUCGAAACAUCUGCAGAGUUGAUUGAAUUAUCAUGAGAGACGUUUAAUAUCAAGAACAAGAAAACCAAAGUCAACAUAGAUUUUUUUGUAUUUUUAAGUGUUCAGCCUUGAGCCAAAAUAUUCUGUUGUAUGAGUAUCAUGCAGACCCAGUCAUGUACCUUCAAGUGCAAUUAAGCAAACAAUUUUAGCCUUGAACAAAUUACUAAUAACAAAAGACCUUUGCCUUUAUUUUUUAGUAACAUAAGGAAGCAUUUUGGUGCAUUUUUUAAAGCAUUUUAUACUAUUUAUUUGUUCUGUGUUGAACAUCAUUUGGAUCCUACAGUGUAAUAGACGUGGAACCUUUAAGAGGGAAGCAUUACUCACGUUGGCAGCUCACUAACAGCAGAUCUGUGCUGCUGUAAUGGCAUCUGUAACAACCCGUCCUGUACCGGUAGCCCUGCACUGGAAUCUACUGCCUGACUGAUGAGUUUCCCACUUCACACUCCGCAACUACCUGGACUGUUUGCUUGAUACAUGGUGUGUGUGUGUGUGUGUUUGCGUGUGACAUGCUUGCUGGUGUAUCUGUGCAGCUAAAAUUGAUUUUUGCCAUUGGCAUCCAUUGCCUAGCUAAGGCCACAGAACGUACACUAACUAAUGGUAACUACAUAGGACAUCAAUCUGUGUGUUAUGACUCUACGUUGUGGUUUAAUUAACAAGGAAUGCAGGUCCUCCACAUGUAUAUGGAAAGCAUUUAAAGAAUGUGUCCAUGCUGCAAUGCUUUGCACUGUACCUCAGUCACAAAAUCAUUUGAAGACACCAAAGAACAUGUCCGACUCCAGGUCAAAAUAUGUAACUUAAUCUAACAGUAUUACUGAAUAUUUGUGCCAUUGUCAUUUCUUCCACAUAUAUCAUAUCGUCCCAUUACUACGUUUUUAUAAUAUCUCAUCAUCUGCUGAUUCUGUGAUGUGUUUUUGCUCUUUCAAAAAGUUCUUUAAGAUUGAAAGACAACAUGACAACACUGUGCAUAAAUGAUUAAAUCAACAUGCUCAGCAGGAAUAUCGCAGUAUAUUUUACCUUUAUCUUUUAUCAAACACAUUUAGUGUUAACUCCACCUGGCUCUUUUUACUAACCCGGUGGUUUAAUCCUAGAAUAUCUUGUACUUUUGGGAAUUAAAUGAAAUUUAUUGGCAUGUCGAGCAUUGGUUGAAUUGGUACAACUUCCCAUCACUCCAUUUUUUAAGUGCUCAUGAUAAAUAUAUAUAUAUAUAUAUAUCUUGUUACUACUGCCACUGACCCUGGCACAGGAGGGAGCUCUGAGGGUACUGACAGAUGUAAUAUUUUUCCCCUCCCCCAGACUAUAGAUUAUAGAUCAGAUGACAUCGAAACAUCAAUAACUUCAGCUGUAUGUCCAAGACUAGUAAAACUAGGCUCCCUUUAGUCCGUCCCCCUUUUCUGCCCCCCCUUACCCACAAAUCAUUCCUGUACAGUCUCUUAGAUUAGAAGUCUUCCGUUCAUUGCAUGUUUAGUGAUUCCUAGACAGGCAAUCUAACGUAGUAAACAACUUUGAAGCAUCUUCAUUCACGCAGAUAUGCCCCAUUAAACAGAGGACAGUUUAUGUAUUGCAUGCUAUUACAGAAAUGUUAAAACCUUAUCCAUCUACUCUAGCCUUCCAAAAAGCACAAAUAUUUUAUUCAGGAGUUCUGUUUUUAAUCAAAAAAAAUAAUCAAACAAUACAGCCUCGAGGAGAGAUAUAGUUCUUUAAAGCUGUUUCUUGAUCGUUUCCUCUGACAAAAGCACUGCAGGAUAAAACAAAUCAGUACUAGCAGCUGAUUAGUAGUCAACACAGGUUUCUUUUUCUUCUCCCCAGGCAUGAUUUAAUUAAGUAAUAAAGCUACUGCACCUGCUUAUUUAGUCUUUCGGUCAUGUUUUUGAUUUAGUAGCCGGUUUGUGUCCUGUCUGUUAUACAUAUCUCCUCGGUAAACAUUGCAGUGGUUAUGGUUCACAUCAUGCAAACAUCAUCGUCCUGCAGCUGCCAGUAAGCCUCAGCCAUAAGAUAACAUUAUUGAAGAUAGCAGAAUUGCAUCUCAGUGCAUUUCUUUAUUAUACUCAGGGUUAACGUGUAAAAUGAAAGAGAAUUAUGAUAAAAUAUUGAAUCGGGUAUCAUGUCCAGUGUUGCCUCUGCUUUGAUUUGAUCAUUCGUUGUAUUAAAACAAUAGUUUGACAUUUUGAUUGCGCACAGAAAGUUAGAUGAUGAGAUCCAUAUCUGUACAAUAUAUAUUCAGCUACCGUUUGCAGCCACUUAGUAAAUGUGGAAAUAGUUAGCCUGUCUCUCCGAAGGUAACAAAAUCCACCUGCCAACAUCCCUCUGCUGGAGAGUCCUGGCCAAUAAAUAGUACAACAUAUAACCCUAUAAAAUGGUAAAUUGUGAUUUUUGCACAUCAUGUUUGUAUGGUUUAAACAAACAAGACACAGUAAUGCAGGAAGGUGAAUUUUGUUACUGAUGAACAGAGCCAAGCUACCCAUUUUCCCAGGUUUCCAGUCAUGCAAAGCUAAGCUAAUAAACUUCUAGCUGUCGUUUUAUAUUUGCAGCACAAACAAUAGAGUGCUAUCAAUCUUCUCAUCUAACUUUGAGCAAGAAAGCCAAUACGAGUAUUUACUACAAUGUCAAACUAUUGCUUUAAGGUUAACAAUUUAAUCAAAUGUUAUAUUAUUCAUCACUCCGGGUAUUAUAAAGUCAAUAGACAAUCGAGAAGCACUGCCUCCUGUUUUAUCAUUUAAUGUCAUCUAUAUGUGUGUGUAUGUGUACAUAUGACAACAAACCUUACUCACAGGGAAUAUUGUAUGUUAUGUAUGAGUGUAUGCAUCCAUAAAAGCUUUUCUGCUGGUGCUGUAUUACAUGUCAAAUAUUUUUGGGAUUGUUCAAAGUGUCCAGGUUGCUGUUUUUCUGAGGUCCAGUUAAUACUGCAGACUGUCAGCAGCUUUGCUGUUCUGUGACCUUCACUCCAUGUGAGUAUAUAUGCGUUCUUCAAUUCCAGAUAUUAUACAUUACAUCUGUUACAGACAUAUCGGAAGCUGUAUAUGUCUUAUCUCCUCAUACCCCACACUUGUAUUGCAGUUGCAUUUUUGUCUGUAUUCUACUGUGUAAGCUCUUAUCACCAGAUGUAUAUCUGUAUAUUGUUGCUCUCAGCAAAGGCUCAGAACGCCACCCUCACUGGAUUUAGUUUAAUAUUUGGGCUUUACUUCUAAAGGCCAGUAGGACAGAUAAAGAAUCCCUCAACCGAGUUCACAUUGUGGUGAACUAACGCCACUGAUAAGAAAUAAGUGCUUUGCUAUUUCUAAGGAUGGAGAGAGUGAGAUUGUUAUUUCUACCAGAUGCCAGAGUUCAUGUGUUCAGUUUAUUAAUGAUCAGUUGUGACAAAAAACAGAAGCCCUCAAAUGAUUUGUGUAAAUUUUGGUUACUGAUGUUUCUUUCUGAAAACAAAAAACAAAAGAAAUUGUGGCCAGAACAAACUGCUCAUGUAAACACUAUGAUUGAUGUCAAGGUCUGUGAUCACCUUUGCAAAAAAAAUAUCCUAAAUGUUACUGUCCAAAAAGUUUGUAAUAUCUCAAGGUUUGUAUGUCUGUGAAAUAUGUAUCAUGUUAUAUUCUCAAAAUAUAAACUAUUUAUAUUUCA